GAUUGGAUUCGAUCUUAGCCGAACAUUGCGUUCGUAUUUUGAGCUUAUGCAUUAUUGUUUGCUCAUUGGUUAAUUGGGUGUAAGACAAGGAUAUGUAAUAGUACUACUUGAAAGAAAUUCGGUGCUAUUUCAUAUUGCAGCUUCACUUGGUUUCAUCGAUGUUUUUCUUAUGUUAGAUAAAUCAAAUAAUUUAAGACUAUAAAUAAAAUGUCUGAAAGAGACUAUGCACCUCUGAGCAUAGCUUGCGUUCGCGGGCUCUGCGACAAAAUAUAUGACAAGCGGAAAUUUGCUGGCGUCGAGAUUGAGAAGAUGGUGAAAGACUUCAGUGAUGCAAAGAACACAAGUCAGAUUAAGAGAUUGAUCCGAGUCCUGGGUCAGGAUUUGAUGUCCUCCACCAACCCCAAUGUGAAGAAUGGGGCACUUAUGGGACUGUCCUCAGUAGCUGUUGGCUUGGGGAAGGGCUGCAUCGAGUACCUGCCCGAGCUGGUGCACCCGAUCGUGGCGUGCUUCAGCGAGAGCGAGUCGCGCGUGCGCUACCAGGCGGCCGAGGCGCUGUUCAACGUGCUGAAGAUCGCGCGCGGCGAGGCGCUGGCGCACUUCCCGCUCGUGUUCGACGCGCUGGCUCGCCUGGCCGCCGACCCCGAGCCGCAGGUCAAGCAGGGCGCCGAGCUGCUCGACCGCCUCGUCAAGGACAUAGUGACGGAGAGCCAGACGUUCGAGCUGGCGGCGUUCAUCCCGAUGGUGCGCGAGCGCAUCUACACGCGCAACGCGUUCGCGCGCCAGUUCAUCGUGUCGUGGGUGGCGGUGCUGGACGCCGUGCCCGACAUCGACCUCAUCCCGCACCUGCCCGAGCUGCUCGACGGACUCUUCAAGAUGCUCGACGAUGCCAAUUCCGAAAUCAGGCGGAUGUGUGACGUUCAACUAAAUGAGUUCCUAAGAAGCAUAAAGAAAGACCCCUCACGAGUGGACUUCCAGGCUAUGAUCAACAUACUGAUCACGCACGCGCAGUCGCCCGAAGAAAUGCUACAGCUGACGGCGAUCACGUGGAUCAAGGAGUUCGUGGAGCUGGCGGGCGCCGGCAUGCUGCCGUACGCGUCGGGCGUGCUGUGCGCCGUGCUGCCGUGCCUCGCCUACUCCGACGACCCGCGCAAGAGCAUACGCGAGACGGCGGCCACGGUGAACUUCCAGCUGACGAAGCUGGUGGUGUCGGGGGGCGGGGCGGAGGGCGGCGCGGGGGGCGGGGCGGAGGGCGGGCGGCUGGACCUGGACGCGCUGGUGGGCGUGCUGACGCAGCUGCUGCACCACAGCUCCGUGCACACGAAGGUGGCCGCGCUCGACUGGAUCCACAACCUCUACACCAAGCUGCCGCACCAGAUGUUCCUGCAGACGGACAAGCUGUUCGUGAGCGUGGUGGGCAGCCUGACGGACGCCGCCGACGACGUGGUGCGCCGCUCCCUGGCCGUGCUGGCCGAGGUGUGCUCCUGCGAGCCGCCCGACCCCGCCCACCCCGCCGAGCCGGCCGACCCGCCGCACCCCGCCGACCCGCCGCACCCCGCCGACCCCGCCGACACGUCGCACCCCGCCGACCCCGCCGACCCCGCUGCGCGCCGCGACAGCGUGGUGCGGCCCGCUCGCGCUGGUGAGCUGGAGUCCAGUCCAUAUUUCUACAAGUUCCUGCAAGCGCUGCUGCGGCUGCUGGCCGCCGACGACAACUUGUUAGAAGACAGAGGUGCCUUCAUCAUCAGACAGCUGUGCGUGCUGCUGAACGCGGAGCAGCUGUACGUGGCGCUGGCGCGGGCGCUGCUGCGCGAGCGCGACCUGCGCUUCGUGGCCACCAUGGUGGACGUGCUCAGCACCAUCCUGCUCACCGCCGCCGAGCUCUACGACCUGCGCCUGCAGCUGCGCAGCUUCGACAAGCCGGCCACGCACUCGCUGUUCCGCUGGCUGUACGCGUGCUGGUGCCACAGCCCCGUGUCGCUGCUGGCGCUGUGUCUGCUCACGCACAACUACGCGCACUGCAACCGUCUCAUAUCCACCUUCGGGGACCUGGAGAUCACGGUGGACUUCCUCACUGAGGUAGAUAAAUUGGUGCAGCUCAUCGAAUCUCCAAUAUUCGCAUAUGUAUGCGGUGGGUGUGCAGACAUGCGGCUGGAGCUGCUGGGCGGCGCGCAGAGCGCGGAGCUGCGCGGCGCGCUGUACGGGCUGCUGAUGCUGCUGCCGCAGUCCGACGCCUUCCACACGCUGCGCAACCGCCUGCAGUGCGCGCCCGCGCUGUCCGCGCCCACGCCGUCAGUACUCACGACCGCUCUAAACAAUAUAUAACCGCCCCACUUUGCCUCACACUUUUGCUAUCUAAUCGUUGAUCUACCUACAUGAAAAAUAGCAAAUGAUUGUAGAUUUAGUAUUGCCUAAGUUAUGUUAUGGCCGCUAUGAUAUGAGCAGUGGGCGGGGUAUGUACGAACAGGCGUGUUGCAGCGCGGCGGCGGGCGGCGACGCGGCGCUGGACUUCGAGGCGUUGCUGGCGCAGUUCGCGCGAGUGCAGGCGGCGCAGCGCCACUACCGCCUCAGCGCGCGCGCCUCGCUGCUCGACAAGGGCUACUCCUAGCCGCACAGCGCCACUACCGCCUCAGCGCGCGCGCCUCGCUGCUCGACAAGGGCUACUCCUAGCCGCACAGCGCCACUACCGCCUCAGCGCGCGCGCCUCGCUGCUCGACAAGGGCUACUCCUAGCCGCACAGCGCCACUACCGCCUCAGCGCGCGCGCCUCGCUGCUCGACAAGGGCUACUCCUAGCCGCACAGCGCCACUACCGCCUCAGCGCGCGCGCCUCGCUGCUCGACAAGGGCUACUCCUAGCCGCACAGCGCCACUACCGCCUCAGCGCGCGCGCCUCGCUGCUCGACAAGGGCUACUCCUAGCCGCACAGCGCCACUACCGCCUCAGCGCGCGCGCCUCGCUGCUCGACAAGGGCUACUCCUAGCCGCGCACGUCUCCUCACGUCACCUGUCUCAAUCAGCUUGCUCGACUUAUUACGCCGUCCUUACGCGACAGCCGUGUCGAAACCAGAAACUAUUGUUUCCGUAAAUUAUUUAUUUACAACACGAUGAGAAUAACGAAUGUCUCGCAGAAAAACUUAGUUACCACUUACUGCGCAAGCCAUGGACCUUGUAUUAUUAUUAGGCAUAAUAAGUAGAAACAAUUACAACAACAAUUGAAUUGCAAUAGCAGGGACCCGCAUUGGUUUGCGAUUGGUCUGCUAUUUUAGUGAUUUUGGUCUAUACGGUAGUCUGCUCUACAAUCAUGUUGCAGUUGUAAAUCAUUUGCAGACAAUAUGAUUCAUUAUUGAAUCACAGAAAAUGAUAAAAAUCUCUAUCUCUAAAUAUCUAUAAAAUCUAGCAUCAAACUUAUUUUAAUAAAUAUUUUGUGAUCAAAACCAAAAAAAACACCUGAAACAUAUGUAUUCACUCACUCACACA